UUGAAGUUUGUUCCGGAAGUCUUUUUCCUUUUGUCACUAUCUUGACACUUAUGUCAUUACAGGAUACAAACAGAAGGUUAGCCUAACUGACAGCAACUCAUCUUUCAGAGGAGAAAGGGAUUAUAUGUACUGUCGCCGCGGAUUAAUAUUGUUUAUGUUAUGAGAAGAGGACACUGGCUGGGUUAGGACUCUGAUUGAACACCAUGGAUUCAGCUCCUCCACUCAGACGGUCAGAUUCAGCUCGGGGGGAGUUCUCCCCUCUGAAGCGAUUUGUUGUAGCCAAGAAGAAGAUAAGCGAUGUAUUUGAACAACUACUGAACUAUGUGAAAGAGACUUCAGAUUUUGUAGAAGAAACCUGUGGGAAUAAAGCUUUGCAGAACAUUGCGAGCGAGGAUCAAAAGUUGGAGAUUCAGGCUUAUGCUGACAAACUUGCUGUCAUUAAGGAGGUGCUGGCACGCAGACACAUGAAAGUGGCCUUUUUUGGCAGGACGAGUAAUGGUAAAAGCACCGUCGUCAACGCCAUGCUGAGGGACCGCGUGCUGCCCAGCGGGAUCGGCCACACCACGAACUGCUUCCUUAGUGUAGAGGGCACUGAUGAUGACAAGGCCUACCUCAAGACAGAGGGCUCUGAUGAGGAGAAGAGCAUCAAGACUGUAAACCAGCUGGCUCACGCACUCCACAUGGACGAGAGUCUGGACGCCGGCUGUCUAGUCCGUGUGUUUUGGCCGAAGACCAAGUGUGCGCUGCUACGAGACGACCUGGUGCUCGUAGACAGCCACGGUACAGAUUCACUCACACUUGACAGCUGGAUGUGA